CCACUAACACGAAUUGCUAAUUAAGAUCAUAUACUUAAAAUUCCUCAUCACACAUUGAAAAACAAAAAACUCAAAUUCGCCGCCAAAAUUUUCCGGUGCCUAAACCGUUACAUCCGUCCAACUGUGCAAAGUAAAAUCUCAUCGCGAAAUCUGGGAUUUCUUCUCUAAGUAGAAUCAAACACUCAAAACUUCAAAGCUAAAACCUUUUUCUCUCUUUUCUUCUCUUUAAUUAUCGCUUAAUUGUUUACUCUUUUGUUCACUAAAUUGAAAUUGAAUAUAUGCCCACCAACUGUUUGUUGAAAUGCCCCAAAGAAUAAAUUUCAUCAACCCUCGUUCAUAUGCUCGUUAUUACGCCCAAUUCAACCCAUCCUUUUCAAUUUCAUCUCUCUCAAAUCUCUUUACUGCGAAAAGCCUAGUUCACAGGAAUGAUAUAGAUGCUCAAAUAGUAAAUUUAUGUGAAAAAGAUAGUUCUUUUACAGCAGCAUCUUCUUUGUUUGACAAUGUCUAUGAUUUAGGGACAAUCCCUUCUUCCCAAACAUGUAAUUUUCUUGUUAAUAAGCUCAGAAUGUCAGGGAAGCAUGAGUUGGCUUUUUGUGUGUAUAAGAAAAUGACCCAUGUUGGUAUUAAGCCUUUGUUUUAUUCAUUGGCUGUUCUAGUUGAGUAUUUUGUUAAUUCACCUAAGCCCUCCUACGCUUUAGGGGUUGUUGGGUUGAUCUGGAAGCAUGGGUAUGAAGUUAAUGUAUACCUAAUGAACCUUGUGUUGAAGGGUUUGUGUCGAAACGGGGAGAUAGAUCAAGCAUUGCAGGUUUUGCAAGGAAUGUCGAAUUCCUCUGUUUUGCCUGAUGUUGUUAGUUACAAUACGGUGAUCAAUGCACUUUGUAAGGCGAAGAAGGUGGUGGAGGCAUUGAAUGUAAUGGAUCAAAUGAAGAGAGCUGGUUGUUGUCCUGAUUUGAGAACAUAUACCACUAUCUUAGACGGCUUAUGUAGAAUUGGUAAGAUAGAAGAUGCGAUGGGAUUGAUGGAAGAGAUGAAGAAGAAAGGUUUUGAUGUGGAUGUUGUUGCUUAUAGUACCCUCAUCAAAGGUUUUUGCUGCGAAGGAGACGUUGAUAAAGUUAAAGAGCUCUUUCAUGAGAUGUUGGAACAUGGAGUGACCCCUGAUGUGAUUACUUAUUCAAGUGUGUUGCAGUUUUUUUCUGCGAAGGGUCAACGGGAAGAAGUUGCGGCAAUGGUGAAAGAUAUGACAGAGAGGGGAGUUUAUCCUGAUGGAAGUACAUAUUCAGGUAUAAUUGACGGUCUAUGCAAGAAUCAAGAGACUACACGAGCUGUUGCCAUGUUGAAGUUGAUGCUGGAGAAGGGUGAAGAACCACCUGUUGCAACAUUCAAUUCUGUGAUUAAUGCUCUCUGUAAAGAUGGGUUGGUUACCGAGUCUUUUGACAUAUUAAAAAUGAUGAUAGAUAAGGAGAAGAAGCCUGACUUAAGGACAUACACUACAUUGCUCAAAGGUCUUCUUGAACUUGGGGAAGUUGAUGACGCGAUAAUGAUUUUCAAUUCAGUGUUUGAACUCGAGGCUUAUGCUCAGCCAGAUAUUAUUGCAUACAAUACAUUGAUCAUAGGGCUUUGCAAGGAAGGUCGCCUUCCUGAGGCUGAAGCAUUUUACCUUAAGAUGGUUGAAGCAGGAAUCUGUGGGAAUGAGGUCACUUAUAGCACACUGAUCGGGGGAUGUUUGAAAGCAGGAAAUGUUAUAGGAUGUCUGGAGUGGUGGAAAAAGAUGCUUAGCAUCGGAAUAGCUCCAGAUUCGUACACUUUUGGCAUCAUGAUCGAUGGUUUCUGCAAGUUGCAAAUGGUUAACAUUGCAAAAGGUCUUUUCUUGAAAAUGAAGGACUUUGGUCUUAGUCCCCAAGUACUGGACUAUAAUAUGUUGUUGACAGCAUUAACUAAAGAAGGUAGUAUGGAUCAGGCAAGGAGUUUAUUCAAAAACAUGAAGGAAAACUGUGUUCCUAAUAUGGUAUCCUUCGUUGUGAUGAUUCAUGCAGCCCUCAAAUGUGGUGAUUUCGUAUUUGGAAAAUCACUACUCAUUGAUAUGCUUCAAAGAGGUUUGACCCCUGAUGCUUCCUUAUUUUCCACAUUGAUCGAGAGUUUCUCAGAAGCUGGACUGAUGGAUGAGGCCAAGCAACUUUUUGAAAGGAUGAUUUCUCGAGGCUUUACUCCGAAUAGUUUUGAUUAUCAAUAUUUGUUAACAGGGUAUUGUUCAAGGGGUGAUAUGAAUGAAGUUAUUAAUCUGCUUCGUCGAAUGGCAGCUGAUAAGGUUGUGCUUAGCUCAGAGAUGAGAUCAACUAUCAUGGCAUGCCUGUAUCAUUGUGCUGAUACUGAUGUGGCGGAUCUUCUGCCGACAUUCUCUCAAGAUGGUCCAGAAGAAGAUGUCGUUCCUUGCAAUGAUAGCGUCCCCUGCAAUGAUAUUCUAGCAAAUCUUCACAACUUUCAUUCAAAAAUUCCAAAGAUUGCUUCUUAAUGCCUUGCAGUAUUGGCUAUUUGCCAGUGGUAGAUAGGUCUUUGCAUCUUGUUUGAAGAUUUCAGUGAAAAAACCAUUAGCUAAACCAAAAGGCAUCAUAUGGGAGAUCUUUAGCUGUAGGAUCAGUCGAGACAUAGGAGUAUUAAUUGUGAAUGCCAAAGAUAUGAAGUAUUAAUGUUUGUUGAACACUUGAAUGUGUGCUCAUGGACAGAUGUUGGCUAGAAGCAUAAACUCAAAUUGCCGAAAUAAAAGAAAACCCCCAAAGCAAUGUAUUUAAUUAA